AUGUCCGGCAAAGAACGUCUCGAUAAUAUCGCGCCAGUUAUCCAUGCCGUUAAACCCCGGGAGGUCCGAUCAAUUGGCUCCUUGGACGACGAUGAGGAAGAAUUACUGGAUGCCCGUGAAGUAUUCGAUUAUAUAAGGGAUAUCACAGACCCAGAGCAUCCAUACACCCUCGAACAGCUGAAUGUGGUCCAGGAAGAGCUGAUCGAAGUAAGGGACUACAUUUGUCAUGGAUAAUAUCGGAAAUUGACGAUUUUUGGAAACCUUUUGCUUUGGCUGGUUGAGAAAUGGAUUUUUAAUAAAAGCAAUUUCUAGGUAGACCAUUCUCGACCAUCCAUGCCGGUGGUUCGGAUUCGUUUUACCCCCACAAUUCCACAUUGUUCAUUAGCAGCACUCAUUGGUCUAAUGUUGGUCAUAAAGUUGCAAAGAUCCCUGGCCAAGAAUGUAAAAAUUGACGUCAAAAUUACUGAAGGUACCCACAACACAGAACACGCGAUCAAUCGACAAUUAGCUGAUAAGGAACGAGUCGCCGCAGCUCUGGAGAAUACUAGUCUCAUGGAGACGGUCAACCGAUGUUUGUCCCCGCCGGAAUAG